AUGAUGCCUGCUUCUACCUCAACGAUUACGACCUCCCGGCCUUCGAAAGAGCCACAAACCGCUCGCCUCCGCGCCGAGAAGCAUACUGAACAACCCCCCCUCCCUCCAUUGGAAGUCAAGGAACAUGAUUUCUUCUGGACUUAUACCGAGGAGCCGCAUCGGACGAGGAGAAUGGCUAUUAUUAAGGCGCAUCCAGAGGUAACCAAACUCUGCGGACCCGAGCCCCUCACCAAAUACCUCGUCUUGUUCGUCAUCUCCAUCCAGAUCCUCUGCGCCUACCUCCUUCGCGACACCCCCUUCCUCAGCUGGAAGUUCUGGGCGACGGCAUACGUGGUGGGCGCUACUGCGAACCAGAACCUGUUUCUGGCUAUUCAUGAGAUAUCGCAUAAUUUGGCGUUUAGGACGCCGUGGUUGAAUAGGGCGUUGGCGAUUGUGGCGAAUUUGCCAAUUGCAGUGCCGUAUAGUGCGAGUUUUAGACCAUACCACCUUACACAUCACAAAUCCCUCGGCGUCGACGGCCUCGAUACUGAUCUCCCCACUGCUUUCGAAGCAGUCUUCCUCGAUUCCCUGCUAGGCAAAGCCUUCUUCUGCACCUUCCAGAUUCUCUUCUACGCCAUCCGUCCUAUUUUUAUAUACGCCGUUCCCUUUACCCCCGUCCAUUUCAUCAAUAUCUUUAUCCAAGUCCUUUUCGACACUAUCCUCGUCAAACUCGGCUCCACCAACUCCCUCUAUUACCUCAUCCUCUCCUCCUUCCUUGCCGGUUCCCUACACCCCUGCGCAGGUCACUUCAUCGCCGAACACUACGUCUUCGAGCGCCAACCUACCGCUGCUAAAGAUCCUCUCACCAACACACCUCUUCCAGAAACAUUCUCGUACUACGGUGCGCUGAACAUCCUGACGUAUAAUGUUGGGCUGCAUAACGAGCAUCACGAUUUCCCUGCUGUGCCGUGGAGUAGACUUCCCUUGCUACACGAGCUUGCGAAGGAGUUCUAUGCGGAUCUGCCGAAACAUGAGAGCUGGGUGGGGGUGAUCUGGCAGUUUAUUUGGGAUAAGGAGGUGGGUAUGACGUGUAGGGUUAAGAGGAAGGAGGGUGGACGGAAGGUCGGUGCGAGUGGGAAGGGGGGUGGGUGGACGCAGGAGGAGAUUCAGGCUUAGGCUUAGGAAUGGUUGGGGAGAGAUGCUCUGAGAAUUGGGAAUGAAGGGAAGAGGUGGAGUGUAUAUAUGAAUGAGACCAGAUGAGACGAAAAGCCGAAGAGGUAUAUAUGUUUCGUGGCGCGGCAUGGCAUGAUGGAUCGGUGUUCUUUUUGGGUUUGGUUUAAAAGAUUGAAAGAUUGGAUUACUUUCUUGGGACAGCCAGAAAGGCGAGGUAUAGAGAUAGAUACAGAGGGACAGACUCUGCUAGACUCAAUGCUUACUCUUAUUAUUAUCAUUAUUGAAAGGAAUACAGUGUUCUCAUCGCCAAUCUAA